AUGUCUGAUGCAGAGAAUGAUUCGGAAGUACGCCGAUCGACUAGAGUAAGGGCAGUCAAGAAAAACCAAAGCGCUUUAGAAGCUUUGAAAGAAGCCAGGCGAACUGGUAAAGUUUACAAACCGAAUGUAGAGGAUCUGGUGAAAAACGUCUAUGAUGAAGUUGAUGAUGAGGAGUAUAAUGAAAUCAUUCGGAGUCGCCAAGCCGUUGAUUUCGUCGUAGAUGAUGAUGGCGGAGGCUAUGUCGAUCAUGGUGAUGAUUUCAUGGAAGAGAAUGAGGAAGAUGGAAUGGAAGAGCAGAGUCAUGUCAGUAAAGCUAAAGCCAAGAAAGAAAAGAAGAAAAGAGAAAGUCGACCUGGUACCCUUUCUUCAUUCUUCAAUUCUGCUACUAACUCGAAUAGAAAGAUGAAAGAUGAGAGUGAAGUGAAGUUGGGCAACGAUGCUCUAUUAGAUAACUUGCUUCUUGAGUUGAACAACUCAGAUGAAGAAGAUGAGCAAGUUAUGAGCCCUAUAUCUAACUCACAAACAAAUCCUUUCUUACGAGGUGGAGUAAAGCGUGCAGCAACAGAUCAUGAUGUUAUCACUCCAAGGCCCAUAGUAAAAAAAGUUGCUUUAACUUCACGAGCUACCCCACGAUCAGCAAAGUUAACGAGACCAGUGGAGUCUGUAGCUUUUAGCAAGCAAUCUCAAUCCCGCGAGCCUUCCAUAGAACACUGUACUAUUACUACUAAUACUAAAACUACUACUACAACUACUACUCAAUCGGAACGUGAUGUCAAGGCUGAACCGUUGGAUGAAGAUGAUGAUGACUUUGGUGUUGGCGGUAAUAAUGAUGAUGAUGAUUUUGCUCCUGAGCCGGUGAAUAAUGUGGAAGCAAAAACUAUUCACGUUGAAAAAGUGAAGCACGAGAUUGAUGAAGAAAUCGUGGAACCUGAAGUUAAACAUUCUCAUCAGAUGUCGCAUUCAGAGAAAGAAGGAAUUUUGAAAAUGUUGAACGACGCUGACUGGGUUGAUGAAGUAGUUGAUGAGGUUAAAGUCACUGCUGGCACUGAGUCUUUUUAUGAGAAAGAAAACGACGAACAGUUCGUGAGAAUGUACUACUUGGACGCGUUCGAAGACCCAAUGAAGCAUUCUGGAACAGUUUAUCUCUUUGGCAGAGUUAUGAAGACUAAGACGGUGUCUGCUAGUUGUUGCUUAGUUCUUAAGAAUAUCCAACGUCAAGUUUUCAUCCUCCCUCGAGCAACGCGUAUCAUCAACGGUGUAGAUACAAAAGAGGCACCUACGGAUGUUGAGAUAUACGAGGAAAUCAAAAGUGUACUGUCGAAACAUGCCGGAGUAGGAGCCUUCAAGUGUAAAAAAGUUGCGAAGAAGUUUAUGUACAAUGGAACUGUUGAAGAAAAGAAUUAUGAUAAAGAGAAUGACGUUUUCGAAGUUCGGUAUAAUAGUUUGAAACCAAAGUUGCCCACAGAUUUAAGUGGCGAAACGUUUUCUGCCGUCUUCAACACAACAACUACACCUCUUGAACGUUUGUUCUCUGAGCAGCGUAUUAUGGGUCCAAGUUGGAUCAGUGUGCACAACUACACGGAAUCUUCUUCCAAAGUUUCUUAUUGUGAUUAUGAAUUUAACAUCAAUAUGGAAUCGUCCAUGUCAAAUAUUCGAAGCUCUCAAGCCUCUGGCCCAAUGCCUACCUCUAGGAUUCUCGUUCUUAAUGUUCUAACGACUCUUAAUGAAGCGAAAGGACGUGAAAUUUGCAUGAUCUCGAGUCUCUACAACGCUAACGCUGACAUCCAACAAACUGUAGAUCGAGGAACAUUCUCCAGAUUUACACUGUUUUGCAAACCUCCUAACACUGCGCUUCCAUUUGAUAUUAAAGAGCAUUUGGAAAAGUUGAAUGUUGGUAACACAGCACAGAGUACCGUCAACGAGAAAGCGCUUCUUUGCCUGUUUUUAGCGAAAAUCCAAAAAUGGGAGCCAGAUAUAAUUGUGGGUCACGAUCUCCAAGCAAUGAUGGACUUGUUGAAGCUGCGCUUACAAAAACUGAAUGUACCCAACUGGUCACGUAUGAGUAGGCUCAAGCGCUCAGUUAACUUGAGUUCUAUAAAAAGUAACAAGGCGGGUCAAUGGGAGUUCACUGCUGGACGAGCUCUGAUGGAUUCUCGAGUUGCCGCAAUGGAAACUGUUAGAUGUCGUUCUUAUGAUCUCUCCGAGUUGAGCAUUCAAAUAAUGAAAAGUAACAAAAUUGAAGUUUACCCACAUGAAGUGCCUCUGAAAUACGCAAAUUCAACAAGUUUGUUCGAUCUCAUCAGAGUCAGUUGGAUGGAUGCUCUGCUAGCCUUCCAGAUUGUUGAACGCUUGAAUGCUUUACCGCUCUACUUACAAAUAACAGAAAUUUGUGGUGGUAUUUUCUCCCGCACAUUGAUGGGAGGUCGUGCUGAACGAAACGAGUUCUUACUUCUACAUGCUUUCCAUAGAGCCAAUGUCAUAGCUCCUAACAAGUUUGCUCCAAGCUACAGUAAAGAUAAAUCAGUAAAAUCCGAACCGGACGAGGCCGAAGCACCGGAAGACUCUAAUUCGAAGAAAGCCCAAUACUCUGGUGGUCUUGUAUUAGAUCCCAAGAAAGGAUUGUACGACACGUUGAUUCUUCUUUUGGAUUUCAAUUCUCUAUAUCCAAGUAUCAUCCAAGAAUACAACAUUUGCUUCACAACUGUCAAGCAUAAUAAAGAUGGAGAUAAUAUGCCAGAUGCUCCUCCUUCAGGAGUACCAGAAGGAAUUCUUCCUAAAGAAAUUCGAAUUCUAGUUGACCGUCGUCGUCAAGUAAAGAAUAUGAUGAAAGACUCGAAUCUGUCUGAAGCAACUAGAAAACAGUAUGACAUCAGACAAAUGGCUUUGAAGCUGACUGCUAACAGUAUGUAUGGUUGUCUCGGUUUUAAAAAUUCGCGAUUUUAUGCCAAACCUUUGGCAGCUUUAGUAACUUCGAAGGGUCGUGAGAUUUUGAUGAACACUAAGAACUUGGUAGAACGAAUGGGUUUCUCCGUUGUUUAUGGAGAUACCGAUUCUAUCAUGGUCAAUACCAACGGCGUGGACAUCGGAGAAGCCAAGAAGUUGGCAGUAGAGAUCCGGAAACAAGUCAACCAGACUCAUAAAAUCUUGGAAUUAGGUCUCGAUGGAAUAUUCAAGAGAAUGCUUCUCUUAAAAAAGAAGAAGUAUGCCGCUCUAGCUAUUAACCCAGAUAAUACCAAUGAAGUGAAGAAAGAGCUGAAAGGUCUUGAUAUUGUGCGUCGUGAUUGGUCUCUGUUAGCGAGAGAUUCUGGAACUGAAAUAGUCGGUCACAUCUUGAAUUCGGAGCUAACACGGGAAGAACUCGUUACGAAAAUCCGAAGUUCCUUAGAAAGCCUCAGAAAAUCUUUGGAUAAUGGUGAAAACGAUCUCCGUGUCUUUGAAAUAUCUAAGCAAUUGACUCGCAACCCAAGUGAAUAUCAUGAUCUCAAAGCACAACCACAUGCUGCUGUAGCCAGUAGGCUCAAUGCAACUGGUAAAUUCGCUUUCAAAGUCGGAGACAUCAUAGAAUACAUAAUCUGCGAGGAUGGAACGAAUAACUCUAGCACUCAACGGGCAUAUCAUAGAUCGGAGUUAGAAGACAACAAGAACUUGAAGAUUGAUGUUAACUAUUAUUUAUCCCAACAAGUUCAUCCGGUUGUCAGCCGUCUCUGUGCCCCUAUCGAAGAAACUGAUUCUGUUUUUAUCGCUGAAGCAUUAGGACUUGAUACAGCUGGUUAUCGUCGUUCUGCUGCAGCUCUCCAACAAGAGCACCAACAUGAAGAAGCGAGUCAUGAUUUCAAUCUGAAUAACUUUGACCAUUGUGAAAGCUUUUCUUUCCCAUGCCCAGGAUGUGGGGUGAUCACCCAUAUCAGAAGCGCAUUCGAAGGCGAAGACGAUAAUCAGAAACCUUCGUUGCACUCUUGCUCUAAGUGUAAUGUCUCCUUCAUGGAAUAUGAGCCAUACUUGUUGAACUUACUCGAUAAUCAAUUAUCCAAUUACAUUGCUAAACACUUGAAAUCCGCGUUCAGAUGCGAUGAAGCAACCUGUUCAUAUAAGACUCAUCAUUAUGAGCUGAAAUGGUCAAAAGAAGGUCUGGACUGUUCAAAAUGUGGUGUUGGCAUACUGAGAAGAGAGUACACAGCGAAGCACUUAUUCGAUCAGCAAUCGUUCUUCAAACAGAUUUUCAAUGUGUCAUCAGUACUCAGUAAGAUGAAGAUAGAAGAAAAACGUCAAAUGGAAGCACAUUACUGCUCAACGAUUGUAAUGUAUGAAGAUUUUCUCAAAAUUAUCUCCCGUUAUCUGCGCUCAAACUCAUACAACCGCGUGAAUCUGGCAUAUCUAUUCGCACCUAUGAUGCGACUGACUGUAUAA